UUUUCUGAUUUGUUGAUCCAAGAAAGAAUGGAAUGGGUUGGAUUUGAUUGCUUGCUUGCUUGUUUAUCUUGGUUCAUUGUUUUUAUUGGCACCCAUCAACGUAAACCAAAUGGGUUCUCAGAGAAAACUUGUUUUUCAUCCAUUUGCAUGCAAAGUGAAACCCAGAUUGAUUUUUGUGGAUUUUAAGUUAUGUUUUGCAUGUGUAGUUUGAAACAGGGAGGAAACUGUUGUGAAGAAAUGAUGGGUACUGGUUAUUUUCUGCUUUUAUUGGUCUAUGCUUAUUUAUGUUUGAUAAAAUGCUCCAGAAUUGAUUAUUGACAAAUGAAGAGGAAAAUCAGUUACAGUUUGUGUGUAGAUGGAUACCCAGUUGGAAAUUUGGUUUCAUUGAGUUUGUUAUAUCUACGUACCCUGUGUUCGAAACUUGUCUUCGCGGAUUCACCCACUAACCACCAACUGUCUUGCGUUUCGUAUGGUUACAAAGCGUUUCUCUUUAAGAUCUCUCCUUUACAGCUCACACAAGCUGUUUUGUUAUUGUUUAAUGUUUAUGGAAGGGCCAUCUGCAAUAUUGAAUCUUAAGUAGCUUCCUCUGUCCCAAAAAUGUGCGCUUCGGAGUCUUAUACCUUCAUACAGGUUGAUGCUAAAAGAAAGUAUAGAGGCAGUAGCGGUAUCUCUGAUCAAUUCAUCAUUUACCUCUGAAGAUAGAGAUGAAUUUUGGUUUGGUCUCACCAUCAUAUGUGAUCCCAUCCCCAUUUUCCACGGGUUUACAGAGCACAGAUGAGAAACUACCAAUAUCCAGAACUGUGGGACGGCUUGGUUGUUUCUCUAAGCAAGGUCAGCUUCAAGUUUUGAAUUGUGAUGAUAGAAAGGUUGGGGUCUCUCCUCAUUUGGUAAUUGGAUCAUUACAAGAAUCGAGUGUGGUAAAGAAGCAUCCAGGGGAUGAGGCAAAUCUAAGGUGCAAAGUCGUGAGGACGUUGUUGAUUGACAAUUAUGAUAGUUACACUUACAAUGUCUACCAUGAAUUGUCUGUCAUAAAUGGAGUACCUCCAGUGGUGGUGCGUAAUGAUGAGUGGACCUGGGAGUAUAUUCAGCAUCAGUUAUAUGAAGAGAAGGCUUUUGAUAAUAUUGUCAUAUCACCUGGCCCUGGAUCACCGGAAUGUCCUGCAGAUAUAGGAAUAUGUCUGAGGCUGCUGCUUGAGUGCAAGGACAUUCCAAUUUUGGGUGUUUGCCUUGGUCACCAGGCUUUAGGAUAUGUGAAUGGUGCUCGAGUUGUCCAUGCGCCUGAACCAGUCCAUGGACGUUUGAGUGAAAUUGAGCACAUUGGAGGUGGUCUUUUCAAUGGCAUCCCUUCUGGCAGAAAUUCCGGAUUCAAGGUUGUGCGAUAUCAUUCCCUAGUAAUAGAUGCUGAUUCACUUCCAGAGGAACUCAUUCCUAUUGCUUGGACCACUUCUAGGGACACACUUUCUUUUGUUGAUGCCCAGGACUCUAAUGUUAUUCCCAAUGCUUUUGUUGAUUAUUUUUCAACUAAUAUAAAGACAUCAUGCUCUUGGGCUUCCAAGAAUUCCAGAGGAAUGGGAGAUGGAAAAGUCGUUAUGGGCAUUAUGCACUUAGCCAGGCCUCAUUAUGGUGUGCAGUUUCAUCCCGAGAGUGUUGCUACCUCUUGUGGAAGGCAAAUAUUUGAGAACUUCAAGAAGAUAACGGAAGAUUACUGGUUGAGGUCAUCCCCAAUUAAUGAAAGAAAGGUUCACAGUAGUGGUAAACAGGAGCUAUUUCUAGAGAGACAAAACUUGGAAUAUUUUUGUGUGCUAGUUUCUUCCUGGGUUGAUCAUUAUCUAUCCAAACUACUUUCGGGCUGGCUGUCACCGGUGUCUCAUGAAAAUCAACUGUUCAAAAAAAUGCCUAAUGUUGACCUUAUAGCAAAGAAAGCAAAUGGAAGGAAUCCUUUCACUAUGUACAAUACAGUAAUGCUUGCACAUGAAAGGAUUGGAGCUAGAUUCUUGACAUUGAAGUGGAAGAAACUUAAUGGUCUGGCUAGUCAAGUUGGUGGCACCAGAAAUAUAUUCUGUCAACUGUUUGGAAAUCAGAAGGCAGAAAACACAUUUUGGUUGGACAGUUCUUCAAUAGAACAGAAUAGAGCACGCUUUUCAUUUAUGGGAGGCAAAGGUGGACCUUUAUGGAAGCAAGUCACUUUUAAGCUGUCAGAUCAAAGUGAUACAACUGCUAAAUGUGGAGGUAAUCUAUCGAUCAAGGAUUCUCAAGGUUUUUUGAGAAGCAUAUAUUUAAAAGAUGGUUUUCUUGAUUUUCUGGACAAGGAACUCCAAUCAUUUCACUGUGAGAGAGAAGAUUAUGAAGAAUUACCAUUUGACUUUUGUGGUGGAUAUAUUGGAUUCAUCGGGUAUAACCUUAAAGUUGAGUGUGGUGUAACAUCUAACCGUCACAAAUCAAGCUCACCAGAUGCAAGUUUCUUCUUCGUCGACAACUUUAUAGUAACAGAUCAUCUCUAUGAUGAUGUGUAUAUUUUGUCUCUACAUGAUAUCUGUCAGCCUGAAGGUUCUACAGCACAACUUGAAAGCUGCAGCACGAUAUCAUGGUUGGAGGAUGCAGAGAAAAAGCUUCUAGACCUAAAUUUUUUUACUUCAGGACAGUCGAAGAAGCAGACCUCACAGCAUGUGAUGUUGACCCCACAUAAUGCAGGCUUCCUCGCAGAGAAAUCUAGAGGUCAGUACAUCAAAGAUGUUGAGAAGUGUUUGGGGUUCAUCAAAGAUGGAGAAAGCUAUGAGCUAUGCCUCACAACUCAGAUGAGAAAGAAAAUUGAGGACAUAGAUUGCUUGGAGCUAUACCUUAAUUUACGAGAAAAAAAUCCAGCCCCCUAUGCUGCAUGGCUAAACUUUGCCACUGAAAGUCUAUGCAUCUGCUGUUCUUCACCAGAGAGGUUCCUACGGCUGGAUAAAAACGGCAUUCUGGAAGCAAAACCCAUUAAGGGAACCAUUGCUCGUGGUUCAACUCCGGAGGAAGACACAAUGCUCAAGCUGCGACUCCAACACAGCGAAAAGGAUCAAGCCGAAAAUCUAAUGAUCGUUGAUCUGCUAAGGAAUGACCUUUCUCGCGUCUGUGAACCUGGAUCAGUACAUGUCCCUAAGCUGAUGGAGAUGGAAUCAUAUGCUACUGUUCACACUUUGGUGAGUACAAUCAGAGGGAAGAAGCAAGAAAAUUUGAGCCCAGUCGACUGUGUUAGAGCCGCAUUCCCGGGAGGUUCGAUGACUGGUGCACCUAAGUUGAGAUCAAUGGAACUUAUUGAUUCUCUUGAAAGUUCUUCUAGAGGCAUAUACUCUGGCUCUAUAGGAUUCUUCUCUUGUAAUCAAACAUUUGAUCUGAACAUCGUGAUCAGAACAGUCGUCGUGCAUGAAGAUGAAGCUUCUAUAGGAGCUGGAGGGGCCAUUGUUGCUCUGUCAAACCCUGAAGAUGAGUAUGAAGAAAUGAUUUUGAAAACGCAAGCCCCAUUGAGAACCAUUGCAGAAUAUCAAAACAGAUUACAGUCUAAUCAGAGUUGAAUCUGAAAACGAAUCUUAUUAUGGGAAAAAAUUCCCACGCAGCCAAUGUUCCAUACGCCUUCUAACAGGGUUUUUUUUUUUUUUUUUUUUUUAAUAAAUAAUUUCUCUCUCCUCCCUUGACAUGUGGGCCCAUGUUGAUGAUACUGUUCCCUGUGCUGCCAUUGGUGUGCCGUGUGAGAGUCCUCUCCCACUGCUAGGUUGGGAACCCUCUCUUUUAUUAUUUAUUUUAUUUAUUUGUUAUACCAUUUCAUAUUUUAUUUUUUACAUUCUGCCAUUGUGAUCGAACAAUUGGAAAGAAAUAAAUCCAUUUGGGUACUUGUUUACCUC